CCUCACCAAUUUCGUCAACCGAAGGGAGUCCUUCCGAAUCCUUGCAAACCAAACCCCUCAACUCACAUCGCCCGGCCGCCACUUUGAUCGGCAGGAUGGCCGGCGAUCCGACCGCCGGCGGCGUGGGCGGCCGCGGCUCCUCCGGGGGCAAGGGCUCCUCCCGCUCCUCGUCGCGGCACCAGCAGUUCCGCAACCUCGCCAAGACCCGCGUCGACGACCUCCAGGAGAUGUUCUCCGGCCUCCAGUCCGCCCGCAAGGAGAGCCGCUCCGCCGACGCCGCCCUCCUCGAGGAGCAGGUCCACCACAUGCUCCGCGAGUGGCGCGCCGAGCUCAGCGUCCCCUCCCCGGCCUCCUCCCUCCAGAACUCGCAGUCGCAGGGGAACAAGCGGGAGGCGUCGGAUCCGCCCUCGGAGACGCUGCGGUUGCUGCAGCUGGCCGGGGCCGAGGAGGAGGAUGACGCCACCAGCAAGCUUGUGAUGCCCCGAUCGCCUCUGCCGAUGCCGGCCUCUUCUCACGAGGGCCAUGGGCAUGGGCAGGCCGGCCAUAAUCUCAAUCCCGUGCUACAAGGGGGAACUGCUGAGAUGGUUCCCCAUUCGCCGCUGCAGAUGCCCUCCUCUCACCAGAGCCACGGGCAUGGCCAGAAUCUCAAUCCCAAUAUGCAGGGUGAGGCUGUGCUUGGGAGUGCUGCUGCGCCGCAGCAGUCGCUGGAUCAGGGAAUGCAGGACGAUUGUGGAGAUGCGGCUGGUGCUGCCAAUGCAAUGUUCCAUGAUCAGCUGUACUAUAUAGACCAUGAACUCGACAUAGAUGAUUUUCUUCGGGACGACGAUUAUAAGAUGAACCUUUCUGGAUCAAAUCCAGAUGGCCCCAAUACCCUGCAGGGGCUUGAUCAGCUGGAACAUCAACAGUACAACUUGCCAUUAGAUCUGCCACCUCCUAAUUCAUAUGUUGAUACAAAUAACUCUGCACAAAGUUCUGGAGAUGUUUUUUUCCACAUGUCAGACUUGCUCACAACUAUGUAUCCAUCACCUUCUCAAUAUCUGGGGCCAAAAUGUGCACUCUGGGACUGUGGUCGGCCUGUCCGAGGAUCAGAGGAGUGCAAAGAUUACUGCAAUCCUUACCAUGCUGGUUUAGCUUUGAAUGAUGAUGGCCUUCUAGGGACAAGACCGGUGAUGCGCCCAAGGGGAAUAGAUUUGAAAGAUGGCCCUCUGUUUGCUGCUCUUAGUGCAAAAAACCAAGGAAAGAAUGUCGGUAUUCCUGUGUGUGAAGGGGCUGCAACUACAAAAUCUCCUUGGAAUGCACCUGAACUUUUCGAUCUCUCCCUUCUUGAAGGUGAAUCUCUUAGAGAAUGGUUGUUCUUUGACACGCCAAGACGGGCAUUUGAGAGCGGCAAUCGGAAGCAAAGGUCAUUGCCAGAUUACAAUGGCCGUGGAUGGCAUGAAUCAAGGAAACAAGUAAUGAAAGAUUUUGGGGGUCUGAAAAGGUCCUAUUACAUGGAUCCACAACCAUCCAGCAACUAUGAGUGGCAUCUUUUUGAAUAUGAAAUCAAUGAUUCUGAUGCACUAGCUCUGUACCGGCUCGAGUACAAGUCUUCUGAUACUAAAAGGAGUGUUAAAUCAAAGUUGACAAGCAGUCCACUGAACGAAAUACAGCAGCAAAUGGUCAAGCUUAGUGCAGACAGUCCUGUGGAAAACAAACGAACUGCUAGGAGCAGGCCAAAGGCUAAUCAAAAGGAUAACAAUUCAAAUACCUAUCCAGCUGUCAACACCCCUAAUCAAGCCAGUGCUUCCAAUGCUCAUCAACCAAUGUCUCUCAACACCCCUAAUCAAGCCAGUGCUUCCAAUUCUCAUCAACCAAUGUCUCUCAACGCUCCUGACCAAGUCAAUGUUUCAAAUGCAUAUCAGACAGUGCCUCCUAGUCAAGCUGGUCCUUCAAAUACUUAUCAUCCAGCAUCACAGAUGGACCAGAUGACGUUUCUGGACGGCAGUGUUGUUUAUGGGCCUCAUCUUCCAUAUGGAUACUCGACCGAAAGAAGCGAUUUCUAUUGGAACCCUACUGAUGGAACCUGAAGAUAGGAUAUAUAGGGUUCAUACGUUCUACUGCUUCUUUCAGCUGGGAAUUCUAACACCACCAGCUAAAUUAUGGGGCUCAACAGUGUGGCCCUAAAGUUUUUCUGAUUGUAGACCUCUUUGAAAGAUGGCAUGUUUGCAAUGCAGUGCUAUACUUUGCAUUAAUUCUUGACUGUAAAAAUAUAUCCCGGUGCCCUAUCUUCCUGUCGAGGG